AAUUACACCCAGACAGGGUUGCAGACUAGCCUACUUCUUAGCCACAACACAACAGCAGUGAAAGAAAAAUGUAAACUUGUAAAUAUUGAAAACCAUAAACAUAUUGGUAGGCUAAAGUAGAAGCUUCUCCAAAAUCAUUCUCAUUCUUCUAGUCUACACGUUCUCCCAUUUAACAUUGCAUCAUGUACACUGUUGAAAUGAACGACAUCUCCAUGUAGCCUAGACUCAAAAUGCGACAAAAUAUUGUAAAAAAUAAAAGCCGCGGUGAAGCCACAACUCACUCAUAUCGACACCUCUCAUUCGCGAGAUCCUGCAUCACGCCAAUUGGUCCAGACGCGAUAGCGCCAUAGGGGGCCGAAUAUCAUUGGGCGACAUCAGCCUCUUUGAAUUUACGGAUCAAGCAGCGUUUAGCGGCCACACGAAGCUGCCGCCAUAGACCUAGAAUAACUGCGAGGACCAACAAACAACGAAGGACGUUCCGAAUCAAUGUAGCAAUUUGAAUCAUGAUUUCAUCCACCCGAAGGCAUCAAGGUCGAAAGACAACGGUUGGGUACCUAAAAGAACAUUGACAUGAGGACAUUUCCCAGAGGCCCCAGUAAAGCAUAUCCUGUCCAUUUCCCUGUGCAGUGGUCCCCUCUGACAGAGGAUUGUUUUCAACUUGCAGACACUUUCACUGCUCAAUGGCAUAAACGAACCCUGGGUGAGAUAGAGUACAGACACUAGCCCACAGGAGAAACCCUGGGUGAGAUAGAGUACAGACACUAGCCCACAGGAGAAACACUGGGUGAGAUAGAGUACAGACACUAGCCCACAGGAGAAACCCUGGGUGAGAUAGAGUACAGACACUAGCCCACAGGAGAAACCCUGGGUGAGAUAGAGUACAGCCACUAGCCCACAGGAGAAACCCUGGGUGAGAUAGAGUACAGCCACUAGCCCACAGGAGAAACCCUGGGUGAGAUAGAGUACAGACACUAGCCCACAGGAGAAACCCUGGGUGAGAUAGAGUACAGCCACUAGCCCACAGGAGAAACCCUGGGUGAGAUAGAGUACAGCCACUAGCCCACAGGAGAAACCCUGGGUGAGAUAGAGUACAGGCACUAGCCCACAGGAGAAAACAUCCCUUUAUUACAGCACACUCCCUCUCCCUCAAAAUCCUCCCCUGUCUCCCAGGCCUUUUAUCCCUCUCAGAGAGCCCCUCCCUGGGGUCAUGCCUAUCCUACUCAAUGCCGACGCCUCCUUCAGCUCCAAGCAGGAGCUGCUGGACCUCCAGGACAGCCCCAUGGGCCCCUCCCUAGAGACACCCAGCCCCGUGGACUCUCAGGAGGACAGCCCAGUGGGUUUAGGCCCCGGGAGCGCCGCUGGAAAUGGCCCCGCUAGCCACAUCAUCCUCACCAGGGCUGCUACCCCACUGCCUGGACAGCUUUACACGGGCCAAGCACCCGCGGAGACCCCACUGCCUGGACAGCUUUACACGGGCCUAGCACCCGCGGAGACCCCACUGCCUGGACAGCUUUACACGGGCCUAGCACCCGCGGAGACCCCACUGGGCCUCACAUUCAUCCCCGCAGACUCAGAAGGGCUGUGUGGCUGGGGGGCCCUGACGCCCCGAGUCAUCCAGACCUUCAACACCCCUCGCUGGGUACUGUUCUUCCUGUGUGUGGCCUCCUUCCUCCAGGGCAUGAUCAUCAACGGCUUCAUCAACACCGUGGUGACCUCCAUAGAGAGGCGCUUUGACCUGCGUAGCUACCAGACCGGGCUCAUCGCCAGCUCCUACGACAUCGCUGCCUGUGUGUGCCUGGCCUUCGUCAGUUACUUUGGUGGGACGGGGCACAAGCCUCGCUGGCUGGGCUGGGGGGUGCUGGUCAUGGCGCUAGGAUCUCUUGUGUUCACCCUGCCUCACUUCACCACUCCCCCGUACCAGGUAAGCAUGACUGAGCGGACAGGGGUGUGCACGGGGAACCGUACCAGCCCGUGCCAUGAGAGGGAGGGCGGGGGCCUGUCCAGCUACCGCUUUGUCUUCAUGCUGGGCCAGUUCCUGCACGGGGUGGGAGCCACGCCCCUCUACACUCUGGGCGUCACCUACCUGGACGAGAACGUCAAGUCCAGCUACGCUCCGGUGUACAUCGGGAUCUUCUAUACAGCAGCAAUCAUGGGUCCAGCAGCAGGGUACCUUCUAGGAGGAUACUUUCUCAACAUCUACACAGAGAUCCACAUGAUGACGGAGCUGACUCCAGAGAACCCUCUGUGGGUGGGGGCCUGGUGGAUUGGCUUCCUGGCAGGAGGCGCAGCAGCGCUGGUCGUUGCCCUGCCCAUCCUGGGUUACCCACGCCAACUACCAGGCUCUCAGAAGUAUGUGUCCAUGCGUGUGUCUGAGGCCCACCAACUGAAAGAUGGCAGUCAGGCCAGUGCAUCAGACCCUCAGUUUGGGAAGUCAGUGAAAGACAUGCCUAGGUCAGUGUUGCUCCUGCUGAAGAACCCUCCCUUCCUCUUUCUGUGUCUGGCGGGGGCCACAGAGGCCACCCUCAUCGCUGGCAUGUCCACCUUCGGCCCCAAGUUUCUCGAGUCUCAGUUCAGCCUGAGUGCGUCUGAGGCAGCCACCUGGUUUGGCUACAUGGUGGUACCAGCGGGUGGGGGGGGCACUUUCCUGGGCGGUUACAUCGUGAAGAAGCUGAACCUCCGUUGCCGUGGCAUCGUUAGGUUUUGCAUGGUGUGUGCCGUCGUCAGUCUUCUUGCCAUCUUCAUCUUCCUCAUCCACUGUCCCAACAUCCCCAUGGCCGGGGUGACUUCCCCCUACCGCAGCAACCUGCCACCGGGCCAUCAGUACAAUGAACAGUACUAUGAGCCAGUCCACAACAGCUCUUGGUUGGGGGACAACCUGAUGGUGGGCUGUAAUGCAGACUGUCACUGUUUACGAGAGCUCUAUAACCCAGUCUGUGGAGCCGACGGUGUGAUGUAUUACUCCCCUUGCCAUGCAGGCUGCAGCACAAUCAACCACACAGAGGUCUCCACAGGUAGACAGGUGUACUCGGGCUGCAGCUGUGUGGUGGGGGGGAACGUCACGUCGGGGCAGGAGGGUCUGGCUCUGGAUGGGAAGUGCACCAGCUCCUGUAGUCACAUGCCAGCCUUCCUCACCUUCCUCUUCAUCGUCAUCUUCUUCACCUUCCUGUGUAGUAUCCCCGCCCUCACUGCUACCCUCAGGUGUGUCCCAGACAGCCAGAGGUCCUUUGGACUGGGAAUCCAGUGGAUCGUGGUGAGAAGUCUAGGUGGGAUCCCAGGCCCGAUAGCGUUUGGCUCUGUGAUCGACAUCUCAUGCCUGCUGUGGCAGGACCAGUGUGGAGAGCAGGGCUCCUGCUACCUCUACCAGAACUCUGCCAUGAGCCGCUAUACACUGAUCGCUGGCAUCAUCUACAAGGUUCUUGGCACGAUGUUCUUCCUGCUGGCCAGUGUUCUGUACAAGCCCCCUCCAGAGUCGCCCCAGAGCAGCUGUGAGAGCACCGACCACGGGGCAGGGAACAGCGGGGGAGAGACGGGGGACCUCUCCAUCAAGGACCUUCCGCCAAAAAUAAUCUCAAAUGUACACGCCAGGUUAUGAUGACUUCAGACCCCACCCACAUCUCACCGUGUGUGUGUGUCAUGCCACUGAGUCCUCAAUGACUGCCAACCCGUGCCCGUCUCAUGGCCACUCCCAUCACACAGACACAUCCCCCCCCAGUGCAAAGGCAUUUCUGCUCCACCUACUCAGCCCAACUUCAUCCCAUGGGCUUGCCCUCCAUCACCUCCCUGCCAGCCCACUGAACUUGGGGUUUGUGUGAUGUGAAGAAAGACUUAGACCAGGGUCACAGAUAGGGUCAGAGGUUAUUCUGAGAAGUAGGAAAGUCUCCUGAUGGCUUUGGGGAUUUAAACCACUGAAAAGACACACUUUAACCUCUCUGGAAUAUGUGGGACGGUAGCGUCCCACCUGGCCAACAUCCAGUGAAAAUGCAGAGAGCCAAAUUCAAAGAAAUUACUAUAGAAAUUUAACUUUCAUGAAAUCACACAUUCAAUAUACCAAAUUAAAGCUACACUUGUUGUGAAUCCAGCCAACAUGUCAGAUUUCAAAAAGGCUUUACGGCGAAAGCAAACGAUGCUAUUAUCUGAGGACAGCACCCCAGCAAACAAUCACAGGCCAUCAUAUUUCAACCCUCCCGGCGCGACACAAAACGCAGAAAUAAAGAUAUAAUUCAUGCCUUACCUUUGACAAGCUUCUUCUGUUGGCACUCCAAUAUGUCCCAUAAACAUCACAAAUGGUCAUUUUGUUCGAUUAAUUCCGUCGAUAUAUAUCCAAAAUGUCCAUUUAUUUGGCGCGUUUGAUCCAGAAAAACACCGGUUCCAACUUGCACAACGUGACUACAAAAUAUCUCAAAAGUUACCUGUAAGCUUUGUCCAAACAUUUCAAACUACUUUUGUAAUACAACUUUAGGUAUUUUUUAAUGUAAAUAAUCGCUAAAAUUGAAGACGGGAUGAUCUGUGUUCAAUAGCGGAGGAAAACAAUGUGUAGCAUGCUUUCUGGUCACGCACCUCAAACAAACAGUACACUUCACUGGAACAUCAUUCUGAACAUGGCUACUUCUUCAUUUCUCAAAGGAAAAACCUCAACCAAUUUCUAAAGACUGUUGACAUCCAGUGGAAGUGAUAGGAACUGCAGGAAGGUCCCUUAGAAAUCUGGAUUCCCAUUGAAAAGAGAGUGACCUCAAACAAACAAAAAAUCUGAGUGGUUUGUCCUCGGGGUUUUGCCUGCCAAAUAAGUUCUGUUAUAGUCACAGACAUGAUUCAAACCAUUUUAGAAACUUCAGAGUGUUUUCUAUCCAAUACUAAUAACUGAUUGUUGUGGCUUCCUUUCCUCUUUACCAUAGCCACUGCCCAAGCCUGAGGCGGGGUUGUUUCGUACGCAUACAGUCCACACUCAAGGUUUCCAAAUGGCCAAACAUUCAAUGACAUCCAGGAAUAUGGUGCAACAAAAAUGUUUAUUCUUCUUAUAUCUAACAAGGAAAUGAUUCUCCAAUCAACUUAAAGCAUAGAUUACUUGAUAUGGAAAAUACAUAAUAUGAUCUGUAUGUCUGUAUGUAUGUAUGGUCAAAAAACUACACCGCUCCCGCGUCUAGAAAGGACUCCAUCCCCCGAAGGCCCAACUUCCUGCCUUUAUACUAACACACUUAACACAGUACAAUGAAUGGGCAAGAGAGGGGGCUAACAGUUACACUAACAACAAAUUAAUAUAUCUCAAUCAGGUAAAUAUAAAUCAUAAAGGUACGUACCUAAUAUUUCAUCAUAUACAUUCAUAUUUAAUAUAUUUACACAAAUGUACAUGGAGUUCGGUAAGUUCAGUCUUUUAUGCAAAUAUGUCCAAAUCGGCUCUAGCAAUAUGCAUAUAUUAGCAUCGGGGACUGAGUAGGAGGCAGUUUACUCUGGGCACGCUUUUCAUCCAAACGUGAAAAUGCUGCCCCCUAUCCACAAGAUGUUUUAAGGGAUCUAGUAAAUCUGGAUCACGGAAACGUUACAGAUUGCACGACAGAAAUGAAAAGGUAAUUUCCGAUUGAGACGACAUAUGCAGAGUUUACGUUGAAUGCAGUCUCCACUAACACAGGAACAUUGCCUUUACAUUUCAAUCACGCUGUAACAAUAAACUUCCACGAUACGGAUUGAAAAUAAGCCUUAAAUGAGUAUGGUAUGGGACAUGGGACAGAAUCUAUAGUAUGGGACAGUAUCUAUAGCAGUAUCUAUAGUAUGGGACAGUAUCUAUAGUAUGGGACAGUAUCUAUAGUAUGGGACAGUAUCUAUAGUAUGGGACAGUAUCUAUAGUAUGGGACAGUAUCUAUAGUAUGGGACAGUAUCUAUAGUAUGGGACAGUAUCUAUAGUAUGGGACAGUAUCUAUAGUAUGGGACAGUAUCUAUAGUAUGGGACAGUAUCUAUAGUAUGGGACAUGGGACAGUAUCUAUAGUAUGUAGUAGUGAGAAAAAGAACACUCAUGUACUUCAACAAAUGGAAGAGCACACAGCUGUUAAUGACAGCCGCUAUAAAACGACAAUGAAAGGCCUGUAGCGGAAUGCCAUUUAACAGAACACUGAGCUUCAAGAGAGGCUGUGAGGAUGAUGGUGCGAUUUCAUCCUGUCCACGUGCACUUCAACUAGUCCAGGGGUGAGCAACUCCAGUCCUCCAGGUCCUGAUUGGUGUCACACUUUUUCUCCAUCCCUAUCAAACACAGCUGAUUAAUCAAACUGCGUUCUAAACUGAAGAUCAUGAUUAGGUGAUUAUAGGAGUCAGGUGUGUUAGCUGGGACUGGGGCAAAACUGUGACACCAAUCAGGCCCUCGAGGACUGGAGUUGUCCACUCCUGGACUAGUCAGAACCAUGGUGUGAUAUCGAGACACAUAACUGCACUUUAAGACCUAAUCAGCACUGAUGAACUUAGACAAUGGUAUUAUACAAGCGUUAUUCUGGCAGUGUAUGCUGGUUGUAAUUAACAGCUAGGGACAAUGCACAAAAUAAAUGAGUUGCAGUAUAAAGAAAAGACAAUAGGGCUCUUCUCCAAACCUCCAAGUGUGCCAAGUAUCAUUGCCCCAAUCCGUUUUCUGUUUUGGGAUCUUAUUUUUCCAGAUAAUUUAUGAUAGAAAUUAACAGCUCUGUUUUUUUCAUGUAUUCAUUUAAUUUGAUUCUUUUCACAUGAUUUGGUAUUGUCCCAGACAUCUUUGUAUAUGCAGUAGAGCAGGGCUGCCCAACCCUCUUCCUGGAGAUCUACCGUCCUGUGGGUUUUCAGUCCCACCGUCUUCCUGGAGAUCUAUCGUCCUGUGGGUUUUCAGUCCAACCCUCUUCCUGGAGAUCUAUCGUUGUGUGGGUUUUCAGUCUAAGCCUCUUCCCGGAGAUUUAUCGUCCUGUGGGUUUUCAGUCCAACCCUCUUCCUGGAGAUCUAUCGUCCUGUGGGUUUUCAGUCCCACCGUCUUCCUGGAGAUCUAUCGUCCUGUGGGUUUUCAGUCCAACGCUCUUCCUGGAGAUCUAACUUCCUGUGGGUUUUCAGUCCAACCCUCUUCCUGGAGAUCUAUCGUCCUGUGGGUUUUCAGUCUAACCCUCUUCCCGGAGAUCUAUCGUCCUGUGGGUUUUCAGUCCAACCCUCUUCCUGGAGAUCUAUCGUCCUGUGGGUUUUCAGUCCAACCGUCUUCCUGGAGAUCUAUCGUCCUGUGGGUUUUCAGUCCAACCCUCUUCCUGGAGAUCUACCGUCCUGUGGGUUUUCAGUCCAACCCUAAUUUAGCAUAUAUGAUUCAGCUAGUUAAGGUCUUGUUGAGCAGCUAAUUAGUAGAAUCAUGUGUGUUAAAUUAGGGUUGGACUGAAAACCCACAGGACGGUAGAUCUCCAGGGAGAGGUUUAGACUGAAAACCCACAGGACGGUAGAUCUCCAGGAAGAGGGUUGGACUGAUAACCUACAGGACAGUAGAUCUCCAGGAAGAGGGUUGGACUGAAAACCCACAGGACGGUAGAUCUCCAGGAACAGGGUUGGACUGAAAACCCACAGGACAGUAGAUCUCCAGGAAGAGGGUUGGACUGAAAACCCACAGGACGGUAGAUCUCCAGGAACAGGGUUGGACUGAAAACCCACAGGACGGUAGAUCUCCAGGGAGAGGGUUAGACUGAAAACCCACAGGACGAUAGAUCUCCAGGAAGACGGUUGGAUUUAGUUUAGUUUAUUAAUUCGACCAUUCAAAAAAACAAGCACACAUAAAACUUGAAAAAGUCAUACAUGCACAUGAAUAAAAUCAUGGAGGAUAACACACAAUAAAGUCAGGGACUUAUUUCCAUUGUGGUCCUCUUGAGACAAGAUCCAACACAGUUAAACACAGUAUGGCAGUGAAAUAAUAAAACAAAAACAGAGAAGAAGAACAUCUAUCUCAUCAUUCCAGUUACAUCAUAGGGGUUAUUCAUAUGGGCACAGAAGACAUCAAACAUAUUUUAACUUUAUUUUUAAUUCUGCCCAGAGAGGACGUUGUUUUUAUAGGCAGAGGCAACUCAUUCCAUUCUGAGGCUCCAGUAUGCAAGAAAGUACCUUUCCCAGCAUUACUCCUGAACCUGUAUAAGCAACACCUGACCUGGUGCUGUGAUUGUGUGCAUCCCUAACACGAGGAAAGUAAUCACUUAGAUAUCUGGGCGCAGGACCAUAAAUACUCCUGUAAACCAAACCUAGUCUAAUCUGGGACACCCUAGCCUCAACAGGCAGCCAGUUUAGUUCCUGAAAGCAGCUCCUGCCUAUGUGAGUACGUGGACUCACCUUCAAUACUACCCUGAUCAGCUUAUUCUGGGCUAUCUGGAGCUUCUCCUUCAUCAGUUUAGAUAAGCCCCCAAACCAGGAAGUACUAGCGUAGUCAAAAUGGCAUUGAAUGGGGGCAGUAGCUAGCACUUUCAUGGAGUCCUUAUCAAGCAGCUUGGACUUUUAGCCAAAGACGUAGUCCUGUCAUUAACCUUUCCUAGCACCUUAUUGGCCAUGCUCACACCUCCCAAGCUUCCGUCAAGGAUACAUCCCAAGUAGCUAACAGAGGUUUUAGUAGUCAGCGCCUCGCCCCCUAACUCCACACUGAUUUCAGAGGACCUACUCAAUUUAGGUCUGGAUCCCAAAAUAAUUGCUUCAGUUUUCCCUAAGUGCAGAGAUAGCUUAUUGUCUCCAAGCCAUUUGCUAAUGUUAGUAAGCUCUGUGCUAAGUAUGCUCUCCAACAUAGUUUUACUUUUGUGAGACACCAGAAGUGUAGAGUCAUCCGCAUGAAGAAAAAGACGGCAAGAACAAGCAUCUUUCAUAUCGUUAAUAUACAAUAAAACAGCAGAGGCCCAAGCACGCUCCCCUGCGGAACGCCACAACUCAUUGGUUUUGCCUGAGACAGUGAACCAUUAACCUCUACCACUUGGUUGGACUGAAAACCUACUGGACAGUAGAUCUCCAGGAAGAGGGUUGUACUGAAAACCUACAGGACAGUAGAUCUCCAGGAAGAGGGUUGGACUGAACCUACAGGACAGUAGAUCUCCAGGAAGAGGGUUGGGCUAAAAACCUACAGGACAGCAGAUCUCCAGGAAGAGGGUUGGACUGAACCUACAGGACAGUAGAUCUCCAGGAAGAGGGUUGGGCUGAUAACCCACAGGACAGUAGAUCUCCAGGAAGAGGGUUGGACUGAUAACCUACAGGACAGUAGAUCUCCAGGAAGAGGGUUGGACUGAACCUACAGGACAGUAGAUCUCCAGGAAGAGGGUUGGGACUGUAAACCUACAGGACAGUAGAUCUCCAGGAAGAGGGUUGGGACUGUAAACCUACAGGACAGUAGGUCUCCAGGAAGAGAGUUGGACUGAACCUACAGGACAGUAGAUCUCCAGGAAGAGGGUUGGACUGAAAACCUACAGGACAGUAGAUCUCCAGGAAGAGGGUUGGGACUGUAAACCUACAGGACAGUAGAUCUCCAGGAAGAGGGUUGGACUGAAAACCCACAGGACAGUAGAUCUCCAGGAAGAGGGUUGGACUGAUAACCUACAGGACAGUAGAUCUCCAGGAAGAGGGUUGGACUGAAAACCCACAGGACGGUAGAUCUCCAGGAAAAGGGUUGGACUGAAAACCUACAGGACAGUAGAUCUGCAGGAAGAGGGUUGGGCUGAUAACCUACAGGACAGUAGAUCUCCAGGAAGAGGGUUGGACUGAACCUACAGGACAGUAGAUCUCCAGGAAGAGCGUUGGACUGAUAACCUACAGGACAGUAGAUCUCCAGGAAGAGGGUUGGACUGAACACCUACAGGACAGUAGAUCACCAGGAAGAGGGUUGGACUGAUAACCUACAGGACAGUAGAUCUCCAGGAAGAGGGUUGGACUGAACUUACAGGACAGUAGAUCUCCAGGAAGAGGGUUGGACUGAACCUACAGGACAGUAGAUCUCCGGGAAGAGGGUUGGGCUGAACCUACAGGACAGUAGAUCUCCAGGAAGAGGGUUGGGCUGAAAACCUACAGGACGGUAGGUCUCCAGGAAGAGCGUUGGACUGAAAACCUACAGGACAGUAGAUCUCCAGGAAGAGGGUUGGGCUGAAAACCUACAGGACAGUAGAUCUCCAGGAAGAGCGUUGGACUGAAAACCGACAGGACAGUAGAUCUCCAGGAAGAGGGUUGGACUGAAAACCUACAGGACAGUAGAUCUCCAGGAAGAGCGUUGGACUGAAAACCCACAGGACAGUAGAUCUCCAGGAAGAGGGUUGGACUGAUAACCUACAGGACAGUAGAUCUCCAGGAAGAGGGUUGGACUGAACCUACAGGACAGUAGAUCUCCAGGAAGAGGGUUGGACUGAUAACCUACAGGACAGUAGAUCUCAGGAAGAGGGUUGGACUGAUAACCUACAGGACAGUAGAUCUCCAGGAAGAGGGUUGGACUGAUAACCCACAGGACAGUAGAUCUCCAGGAAGAGGGUUGGGCUGAUAACCUACAGGACAGUAGAUCUCCAAGAAGAGGGUUGGACUGAACCUACAGGACAGUAGAUCUCCAGGAAGAGGGUUGGACUGAACCUACAGGACAGUAGAUCUCCAGGAAGAGGGUUGGGCAGCCCUGAAGUAGAGGAUGUAGCUGAUGAUUCAGAAUUUGUUUUCUCUGACCAAACAAUCCCCCUCAAAUUACCCUGUUCUAGAACACUUUACAAUAUAGUUUUUGUCUUUAUUGUUUACGUUACAGUGACAUGACACUUUAGAACUUGUUGGCAAUUUACAUUCCUCAUGUUUUUAAUGUUUUAAAUGUAUUCAUUUUUGAUGGCCCCAAAUGCCUUCAAAUCCUCUCUCCUUCGUUCUCCCAGCUGAUCCCACCAUGGACUUUACCAACACGUGAUAGUGUGUAUAACCUUUAACCUUCCUAGUCUUACUGUUGUGUCUCUUCACUCACUAGCACUUCUGUCAAUCUAGUCUUAUGGGUUUUGUUUUGGUACUUUUGUAAAGGAAAUGUAAACGUAUAUAACUUAUAAGGAAAUGUUUUUUUUAAACAACAGGUGAACAACAUA